GGGAUAUUUAAUUUAAUUGAUUUCUAUCAGAAAUUGCAAACGCUUGAUUUGUAUCCCCAAAUUUGGAUUAUUUUGUCUUAAUGGUGGAUUUAAUAUAUAGAAUUUGAGAAUGGUUAGACAAAAAUAGUAGUGAUGAUCAUUCAUAGGUAUAUGUUUGCGUCUUCUGUUUUGAACUAAAUUUGAUGAUUGAAUUUGUGGGUCUUUUUUGUUUUACGGAAAAUUUGAGGACAGGAGACUUAACUGAAGGGAAGAGACAUGGCUGGUAAUGCUGCAGCCUGCGCCGAGAGGGCAACUAGUGAUAUGCUGAUUGGUCCAGACUGGGCAAUAAACAUUGAAUUAUGUGAUAUUAUUAACAUGGACCCUGGGCAAGCAAAAGAUGCCUUGAAGACACUCAAGAAGCGUCUUGGCAGUAAAAAUCCGAAAAUACAAUUUCUGGCUCUUUUUGCUUUAGAAACUCUCAGCAAAAAUUGUGGUGAGAGUGUUUUCCAGCAGAUAGUUGAUCGUGAUAUCUUACAUGAAAUGGUUAAAAUAGUAAAGAAGAAGCCAGACUUGACUGUGAGGGAAAAGAUACUAAUCCUAAUUGACACAUGGCAAGAAGCCUUCGGGGGACCUCAGGGGAGAUAUCCUCAAUACUAUGCAGCAUAUAAUGAACUGAAGGUUGUUACUGCUGGAGUUGAAUUCCCACCUCGAGAAGAGAGCAGUGUACCAUUCUUUACUCCACCCCAGACCCAGCCAAUAAUUUCUCCUGUUACUGAAUACAAUGAUGCUGCUAUUGAGGCCUCUUUACAGUCUGAUGCUUCAGGCCUCAGGUACUGUCUCGAUGACAACUGA